UUUCAUAUUAAUUAGGUAUAGCAAUAGCUUCCUUAUUUACAUUCUGCACACUGCAGUUAAGUCAGCAAGCAGGUAAUCUCUGAAAGGAUGAUGCAGAUAAGCACCCCAGGCAUGGUGACUGCAGCACCACACCAGCAGGGCCAGGUGGGCACAGCACAUGCCGGUACAGCGAGGAUGGCUGCACCCGCACGGCACCACAGCUCUGCACAUGCUCCGUGUGCCAGCACAAUCCCAUUCACGCUCUGAGGCUUGUUUGUCUACAGGCAGCACUCUGCUGCUGAGGCUGGGCGAGCUGCAGCAUCUCCCGGUGAUGCUUGCAGGCAAAUUCACUUGCUGAAGGUGUUCUGUAAAAGCUAAGCUUCCAGGGAUGUCAUUUUAAGGGCGUCCACAGCAAACAGAAAAUACUAUUUCUAUCAGGCUGAUGAUAACAUCCUUGCCUUAACAACAACCUGCAGCCAAAAAGGAAGUUUAAUGCUCUGACAAGAAUGUUGGCAACACUACCAUUGUUUACUGUAAUAUAUGGGAUUGAAAACCCUGGAGAUGGUGUUUGCCUGGUCCAGUUGUAAAUAUUGAGAUAGACCACAAUGGAUUUCAGUUCCUCAUCUGUAUUUGACCAGCACAAAGGUGAUGCUGCAGAAGAGACUGACUUGACUGUGGUUUACCAGGCAGCAGCUAAUGGUGAUGUGAACACACUGACUGCAGUCAUUCGAGAAGAUCCCUCCAUCCUGGAGUGCCGUGACAGUGAGGGUUGCACACCUCUGAUGCACGCCGUGUCAGGGCGCCAGGUCGACACAGUGAAGCUUUUACUGAAGAUGGGAGCCAAUAUUAACACACAAGAUGCAUGUGGACGUACCAGUUUAUCUCUGGCAACUUAUCUGGGCUGGUUGGAAGGCUGUGUCAGCUUGCUCAGAAAUGGUGCUAAGCAAAAUAUACCUGAUAAAAACGGGAGGCUGCCACUACAUGCUGCUACUGCAGAGCCUGACGUGAGGCUUCUGAACGUGCUUCUGCAGCAGUCAAAUCUUAGUGAAAUUAAUCAUCAGGACAAUGAGGGAAUGACUUCACUCCACUGGGCUGCUUUCCACAACAGGCCCCAGCAUGCACAGACCCUGCUGCACAAGGGAGCAGACCUGACUCUAGUGGAUAAAGACUUCAAAACUGCUCUGCACUGGGCCGUGCAGAGUGGCAACAAGAUUCUGUGUUCCAUCAUCUUGGACCACUACCAAGGACCAUCAAUAAUAAACUACGAUGAUGAGAAUGGCAAAACUUGUAUGCACAUUGCUGCUGCUGCAGGCUACAGUGAUAUAAUCAGUGAGCUGGCUAAAGUCCCGGAGUGCAACCUGCAGGCCCUUGAUGUAGAUGACAGGACACCUUUGCAUUGGGCUGCAGCAGCAGGGAAAGCUGACUGCGUGCAGACACUUCUAGAGCUGGGGAUAGACAGCAGCCCUCGAGACAUCAAUGAAAACACUCCUCUGACAUAUGCCGUGUACUGUGGUCACACUGCGUGCAUUAAACUGCUGUCUCUGGAGAGCAGAUCUGAGUUAGUUCAUCAGUUUCCUCCUCAGAACAAUAAACUCUUUAAGAAAGAAGGAAGAUUCAGUAUGCUGAAUCACAUCUUCUCCUGCAAAAAGAAGAAAGAGAACCAGAAAACCGUUCAGAAAGACAGAAGCAGAGACCAAUCUACUACAGAGGAGACCUCUGAAGUAGAUGACAUCAUCACCACUUUUGAUUGUAUUUUGGAUACAAGCUGCAAAGACAUUCCAGAUGAGAAUAUGACCACUACUGACUUUAAAAGAAGGACCGCAGACACAAAGUACCUCAUACCAGAAAAGAAACCAGCAGAAUGUCGUGGACUUCUGCCCAUCAGAACCCAGAGCCUUCCCCCAAUCACUGCUGGCAAUUCCUUCCUAACUGCUGCCCAGAGCACAACAUCAAGCACGUCCUUCAGCACCAGCACUCACCAUUUUGCACACAAGUCUCAAAAGAGUAGGAGUGAACAUGACUUGCUGGAUCACAGAAGCAGCUGCCAGGCUUUGCUGGAUAACCCUUGGAAUACUAAACCUAACCAAAUACUCUCCCAUAAAGCCUGUAUUAAAACUCCUGCAGACAAAGCGAUAAAUGGCUUAAACUCUGAUAGAUCUCAUCAUGUGCUUUUGUGCCCUCCCCACCUUCCCUCACUUCCUAGUUCUCCAUCAGGUAAAAAUUUUCAGAAGAUACCCAUAGACCAACCCAAAAUUAAAGAACUUACCCCUGUGAGGAGCAGCCUGGCUCCCCUACCCCACCACUGUGCUCACAGACCUCAUCCAAAACUGCCCUCUGAUACUGCCCAUGGAGAUACACCAAAUAUGGCACACAAAGUCUGCACAACCUUUUCAGGGCAUCAUCACUUGAAAUCACAGCUCAGCUCAAGAAAGACUUUUCAGAGAGGAAAACACCCCAGUGAACUUUUUGAUUUAGCAGUCGUCUGGACUUCUUCAAGAGCCUGACUUCUCCUCAAGAUAACUCCUUUUUUUUGCAUGUGUUUAUGGGAAGUACUUGAAAGUAGUCAGCACUGAUCCUCCAGCUGUUCAGAUGAUAUGCACACGGUCAGAUGAUCAGUAUUAACUAUUCAAUGCCAUCAACACACAGUAACAUAAAGCAUUACUGAACAUAUAUUAUACUGUACGGAUUCUCAAAACAGGAUCAAAUGUCAUAACAUCAAUUGGCUGUAAUUAUUUCCAGUACAUGCUGGUAUGGGGUAUCAUCUCAAAGAAUUGGCAUAUAUUUGUCCAGACACUGUUUUUAAAACAGUCAGUCACUCAUUUUCAAACUGAUUACCCAAUUGUACUGGGAAAGUCCUCCAGAUUGUGUAGUUUUGUCUAUAUAAUGCAUAAGAAAACACUGAAUAAGAAUACUUGAUGUUUUGAUUGCUUUUUGUUGUUGUUGUUUGAUUGCUUGUGGGUUUAUUUGUUGGAUUUAGCAUUCUUUUAGUUGUGUUGUUUUUUUGUUAGAUUUCAGUUGGUUGGUUUGGCUUGGGGUGGUUUCUGGUAAAGAAGUAUGAGCUGUGUGUUAAAAUUCUAGGAAAACAAAACCAGCUACUUCAGAUCAUGGAAUAGUUAAGGUUGAAAAAAAGCUCUAAGAUCGUCCUGUGCAACCAUCAGUCUAUCACCACCAUGCCCACUAAACUCUGUCCCUCAGAGCCACAUAUACACAUUCCUUGAACGUCUCUAGGGACAGUGACUCCAGCAUCUCCCUGGACAGCCUGUUCCAGUACCUCACCACAUUUUCUGGGAAGAAGUUUUUCCUAAUAUCCAUCCCAAACCUGCCCUGGCUCAACUUCAGACCAUUGCCUCUCAUCAUGUUGCUACUACCUGGAAGAAGAGCCUAACAUUUACCUUGCUCCAACCUAUUUUCAGGUAGUUGUAGAAAGUAGUAAUGCCUUCCCUGAGCCUCUUCUUCUCCAGACUAAACAAUCCCCAUUCCCCCAGAUACUCCUUAUUGUGCCAGUCCCUUCAACCAGCUUUGUUACCCUUCUCUGAACACACCCCAGGGCCUCCAUGUCUUUCCUGUAGUGACGAGCCCAGAACUGACCAUGAUACUUGAGAUGCAUCAGUGCUGAUUACAGGCGGACAAUCAUUUCUCUGGUCCUGCUGGCUAUGCUACUUCUGAAGUAAGAAUACAAGUCAGAAUGCCAUUGGACCUCUUGACCACCUGAGUACACUGCUGGCUCAUGUUCAGACAGCUGUUGACUAACAACCCCCAAGACCAUUUUCUCUGCUCAGCUUUUUAGGCUCUCUGCCCCUAGCUUGCAGUGAUGCAUGGGUUUGUUAUGAGAGAAGUACAGGACCUACUACUUGGUAUUGUUGCAUUGGCCUCAGUCCAUCAACCCAGUCUGCCCUGAUCCCUGUGAGACAGAUUGACACUUCAUCCAACUUUGUGUCAUCUAAUAACUUAUUGAGGGUGCACUUAAUCCCCUCAUUCAGAUGCAUCAGAAAAGAUAUUAAGCUGGAAAGGUCUCAUUACUGACCCCUGGAGAAGACUACUCAUGACCAGUCACCAGCUGGAUUUAAUUCUAUUCACCAUCACUCUCUGGGCCUGGUUAUCCAGACACCUUUUUACCCAGCAAAGAGUGUGCCUGCCCAAGCCACAGAUGGUCAGCUUGCCCAGGUAAACAUUGUUGGAGACAGCAUCAGAGGCUUUGCUGAUAUCUGAGUAGAUUACAUCUACAGCCUUUCCCUCAUCCACCAGGCAGGUCACCUUCUCAUAGAAUACUAGUCUAGCAGGACAUGCCUUUCAUGAACCUGUGCUUGCUAGGCCUGAUCUCCUGGUUGUCCUGCAUAUGCUAUGUGAUCACACUCAAGAUAAUACUCUCCACAACCUUUCUUGAAACUAGGGUCAGGCUGACAAACCUGUAGUUCUCUGGAUUCUCUUUCUGACUCUUCCCAUUUGGGGCAUCACAUUGUCAAGCCUCUAGUUUUCUGGGACCUCCCCAGUUGACCACAACUGCUGAGAAAGAAUGUACCAGUUCAGUCCUGCUGUGUACUCUGAAAAUGUUGUUUUCUCUACGAAGAUGGCAUUUUGCUUACAAUUAUUUCAGUAAAUUUUUCAGUGCAUUUGUAAAUGCUUUUUAAACCUCACUUUUAAACACUCCCACCCUUUUCAAAGAGGAAACAGUGGUGCCUAGUUCAGCACAACAGAACAGUAUAUCAACAAAAUAGAAAGAAAGAUGAUGAUAUGUUGAGUUCUGAGUACCCCUGUGGACAGAGGUAUUGUGGAAAGACGUUGCCAAGGAAACAGUGAAACUAAGGAACAACUGCAAGGUAACAUAUUCCCAAGGUGAUGCUCACUGUGUGUUUUCAGCUAAACCAAGAAAUUCAAGGUGAUUUUCACAGUAGUUGUGUAAGAAACUAUUGUCAUUGGAUCCUAUGUAACUAGCAAAUAAAAAAAUAUAUAUAAUAUUCACUAGAGGUGAAUGGUCUAUAACUUUAUCUAAUUAUUUUCCAAGAAUAUAUACAAGGUUGUGAUUCUGCAUGCAAAGAAACAACCAACAUAACACUCCCACUUCAAAAGUAAAAAAUGUUGAAGGGAACCUGCUUCCCAGGCAGAGCCAGAGGAGUUUAUUUCUUCUCUUUAGAAGAGUGACAGUAACAGUGAGUUCUUGAGGGUUUCAGGGCACUUUCUUCACGUUAUCAGUUUUUCUGGUUCCCUUGCUCCUGUUAUUAGUAAGUCUAUAGGAAAACUCUCCUUAGCCAUACUGCUCAGUGCCAGUGGUUACGUAUUCUAGGACAUGUUCUCCAUUGUUUCAGCUCUUUCCUGCACUGAGAUUUCUCUUGUUUCUGUAUUUUCUAUAAAUGAAAUUUAAAGCCCCUAUUUACAACUGUUCAUACUGGACAGCGCAGCAAAGCUGGCUGAGUUACUACCUCAGGAAUGUGGUCUAUAUAUGUGUGAACAGUUAAGACUCAUACAGCUGUGUCAUAUACUGACAGACCAUGUUGACAGUUUUGACUUUCUGGCAAUACUUAUCCAAUUUAAAUUAAGAUCUUAAUAGCCUCUAGAAAGAUUUUAAAACAGUUCCCUAUAAAUAAGUUUCUGAGAGAGUGGAAUGUCACAGAGCAGCAAGGCAAAUGACACUAAGUUCUUUUGGGAUUUGUAAUAAAAAGGAACUCUUUAGGGUUGCACUACUAGCUUAAACAGCAAAACAAAUCAAAACAAAAAACACAAACAAGAAUGAAUUCCAUUAUGCAAAAUAUUCUUUCACUUUGCCAUCAGCAAAACUGAAAAUACAGCUUGUGGCAGAAGUCAGUUGCAUCAGACUGCAUCCAUCCUCUCCCAUGCUGCAGGCAAAUCUUUUGCUAUUCAUUCAUGACCCAUUAGACUCUAAUUGAAGUAAAGCACAUCUGUUAUAUGUGAGAUGUGACUACUUAUUAAAUUGUGUGUAAUUCAUUUACUUAUACCAAAGUAGCACCUGGAAUUCCAAUGAAGAUCUAAAUCUCAUGCUUCCUGCUGUGAUAAUACAUCACAAGAAAUCAAUCCUGCGAUCUCCAGUUUUAGAAUUGAAAUAAGCAGAUUACACACACAGUAAAAUGUAUUACAGCAGCAUUAAAAUAAAACAAUUUAGUUAAAAACAUACAGCAAGGAUAUCUGGUUUGGUUUCUUGACUUAGUCAUACAUUUUGUUACUGUCUUUCUGAAACUUAAAAUACAAUGCCUAUUUGCAAUUUGUAAUUGAAAAUUGUGUUAUUCCCUUGCCAGCAUCCCCUGGUAUUUGAUUGGUAAUCAAAAUGGCUCAGGAGAAAACAAAGAUUACAGACAGGCAGAGAAUGUUUUUUUCUUUUACCUCCUUGUUUCAGGUCCGUAGCUAUAAAUAAAAGAUAUUAAAUUUGGGCCUGACAGUCUAGUAUGCACUGUCUUACACUGGAGAAAGAGGGAAGAAGGCCAAGCCACCUAUCUCUGGUAUCCAUGAUUAGAAAGAACACUUGUUCAUGGCAUGUUAUAAAAAUCACUCAUUUCUCCAUACAACUAUAGUAUGGAAAUCAUAAAGAUCAUUAUGAUCUUUAUUUCUAAUUGCAUUUUCUUUUGUGAUAUCUCAGAAAUAACAUUCAGAAAUGAAAUAAAUGGUGCUUUAAAUGAUACUAUGAUGAAAGAAUGCAUUCAAGCAAAAGAUCUGCAUUCUCUUUCUUUUACCUGUGGUUCACCCUCUUUUACUUCUUAUGUAGACUGAAACCCUUUGUAUUAUCUUGGCAAUCUAACAAGGUCUUUCAAAUAAGACUAAAGUCUUUCCACUUGAUUUUUGUGUGUUUGUAUUGUCAAAUUCUCAUUUUAUUUUGAAUGUAGGACUUCAUCAGUACUUUGCAUACAUUGCACAUAUUUCCAUAUUAAGUAGUAUGCAUGCAGUCUGUUAACACAGAUCCAUAUAACUCUUGUUUUGCUGAUCAGCCCCUUUUAACAGUCACUGUAAAAGGGACUACAUUUUAGCAGUGGAUAAAAUAUAACCAUUGGCUUUCCCAAAGUAUCAGCUAUUUUUAAAUUACUGGUUACGGCCUGUAUUCCUCCAAAUAUGUCAGCAAUGCACGUAAACUAAGAAACAGUGACUUUCCUCAUACAACACAGCUUCUAACCAGCCACCUUCUUACAACAGUUACAUACACUCUGUCUUCCAAGGGAUUUUUUUUAUCAGAGUGCUCUUUAAUCCUGCUGCAGAUCUCUGACCUCUGCAGAUCUCACUCUCUGGAAGCCAGAGGUUUAAACAUAAUCACUAAAACAAAAGACUGCAUUUGGUGUACCGCAGACAUACUAAGGCCAAUUGAAAACUACAGUUGUUUGAAUUCUUGCAGAGGGUACUGUGAAGUCAUUACGGGGGCACACUGGGCCAAUCAGAGCUGAGUAAAUGACUUUCAGAGGUUCCAGUCAAUUAUGAAAGAAUAUUUGCAGAGCUUUCUGGGUUGAUGUGUUUUGACAGAAAACCAUACCACAGAUUAGGGAGCAAGCUUUUCAGAACCCAUCUUUUCUCAUGUCACAAGAGCAUUUUUCUAACCUUAGAACUGUAGAAUUCUAAAACACCUUUCUUUAAUACAUUUCCUGAUGUCCUGAGGUAAAAAGAACUACAGUGGAUUUGAUUUUGUUUU